AUGAUUUGUUCUUUAGGAGUAUCUGAAAGAGGUUCGCGGUCUCAAAAGCAUCAUGAUGUUACAAUUCAAGGUUUUCAAAAGAUAAUUGAAGAGCUCGAUUUGUUAGAUCUUAAGGACUCAAAUGAAGAUCUUGGUAAUUCAACAUCUGAGGUUAUUUCAAAAGCCUCUAGCAAUGAAAUAUUUGUGUGUGACCCUCCGGUUGCGACCACUAAAGGGCGUCCUCGAACAUUUCGAAUGAAAGGAAGCUUGGAAUUGUGCAAUAAAAGUGCAUUUGUAUGUAGUUAUUGCAAGAAUAAAGUUCAUAACAAGCGUAAAUGUUCAAGUUUAAAUCAAAUAAGGUGUGAUAUUAUUAAUGGACAAUUUUCAAAUGUUGAUGGUAAAGAUUCUACUGCUGAUUUUAUUCAAAGGUACUACCUCUGUUCCUUUAUAUAA